UCGCAACCUGUGCACCAGUUACGCGGUAGACCCUCGACGAGGAUCGGGUGAAGCGAACGAAUAGCGACCGACGAGAGAAGCAUUGGUAUGCGAGGAUUGGGUGCGACAAGACAUCACGCAGAAUACCUAUAGCGACGCAUACCUGGCUGGGGAGAAAGAGAAGAGCUUUUGUCUUGGUCAAGGCACGGAGUGGACACGAAGAAGGCGGACCUCUUGUCACCGAGUCUUGAACGUAUCGCAUAUACCGCACAUACCACCAAAUCAAUCAAAAAAGAGUGUGUAUAGUCGAUCGUUCAAGAUGAAGGACAAGAUUGAAAACUUCUUCGCGUACAACAGCCAACUUGACGCCUUUACCUUGUACCAUCUCAUUCAAGAGGAACAAUAUGGCGCGGGCGACUCUAGCAUCAUUGCACCCGCCCUCCCAGCUUUGGGCCAUGCCUUAGCAGGCGGUCUGGCAAGCGCUUUGUCGAAAGCAGUAGUGUAUCCCAUCGACACUAUCGUCACACGACUCCAGGUACAGAAGCAACUGAAGGGAGACAAAGAAGCUCCUAGUGCAGCGAGCGAGGCAGAUGUGGAGUACAAGAACCCCAUCGAUGCGGCACAAAAGAUUUAUAAGAAUGAAGGCGGCCUUCAAGCAUUCUACCAAGGCUUGAACUCAGAUGUGGUCAAGCACAUCGCCGACUCUUUCUUUUUCUUCCUGGCCUACAACUCACUUCGCGAUGGAAUGCUGAGGCGGCAAGGUGGCAAGCAAUUACCGGUUGUGAAGGAAUUGAGCGUUGGCGUCCUAGCUGGGGCAAUAUCCAAGGCCAUCACGCAACCAAUCUCACAAGUCGUAGUACGACAGCAGACAGCAGCAUUGGUGGCUGCACGAGACCCAGAGUCAUCGAGCUCGAGAAGUGUCGCCGUCAAGGACAUCGUCAAGCAAAUCAGAGAAGAAAAAGGCAUCGCCGGAUUCUGGGCCGGGUACAGCGCACAGCUGAUCCUCACACUCAAUCCCGCAAUCACAUUCGCAGUCAACAACCUCCUCAAGUCACUGGUGCCAAAGAAGCAAAGAGAAAACCCAACACCACAACUCACAUUCCUCCUGGCAGCCCUCUCAAAAGUCAUCGCCACAUCCAUCACAUACCCAGUCAUGCUCGCCAAAUCCCGAGCACAAGUCCAAAGAGGUUCCACAACCGAAACAGACCCAUCGGAACACAACUACGUUUCCGUCGACGGCGGCGACCGCAAGACCCAAGCGAGACAAUACGCCAAGAAAGCCUUGAAACUCGUCGAAGCACAGACAGCCAUCUACUACGCUCUACGAAAGAUCUACCAACAAGAAGGCGUCGCCGGCCUCUACUCCGGGCUCGAUGGAGAAGUCGCCAAAGGUUUCCUUCAGCAUGGCCUCACGAUGACAGCCAAGGAUGGCGUGCAUGCUGGUGUGAUUCAGCUUUAUUAUAUUCUUUUGAAAGCGACGAAGCGUUGGGAUGCGGAACUCGCCAAGGCUACGGAGGCGGCGAAGGAGAGGGCGAAGAAUGUUGCGGCUACGACCGUUGAGGUGGCGAAGAAUGCGCUUGGGCAGUGAAAAGGUCGAUGGAAAGGUGAAAAAUGGGGGCACAAGGCAGGCGCUCGGGAGCACGAAUUUAUAUGAUAGCUAAUCGUUUUUCUCUAA